UAAAUUGAAUUUGUCUUCCAGGACAAGGGGAGGUUCUGUCUAACGUACGAGGCGUCCAUGACACGCAUGUUCCGAGAGGGUCGCACAGAGACGGUGCGUUCCUGCACCGUGGAGACCUGUGCCUUCGCCCGCUCCAUGGUGGAAGACAACCCGAGAGAGCUGCGACUGAAACUGUUGAAGGAAGCUGCGACGAGACACCAGCAGCUCUACCGACUGGCCAUGACUGGAGGAGGCAUUGACCGCCACCUCUUCUGUCUCUACGUGGUCUCCAAGUACCUAGGGGAGGACUCGGCCUUCCUCAAAGAGGUGCUGUCAGAGCCCUGGAGGCUGUCCACCAGUCAGACUCCCCUCCAGCAGGUGGAGUUGUUUGACCUGGCCAGACACCCGGAGUACGUGUCCAGCGGGGGAGGCUUUGGUCCGGUGGCAGAUGAUGGAUAUGGUGUGUCCUACAUCAUCUUGGGAGAAAACCUCAUUAACUUCCACAUCUCCAGCAAGCACUCGAGUCCUGAGACGGAUUCUCAUCGUUUUGGAAACCACAUCAAACAGGCCAUGCUUGACAUCCUGGCCUUAUUUCAGCUGGAUGCAAAUGCCUUGGCGUGACUUUCUCCCCCCUCCCUGAACCUGAACUUGAACUCUUCCAUAGGCUUACGCAGAUUAAAUUCUGUGUUAUGAUUUUAGAAUGUGUUUAAAAAUCAUAUAAUAUUAACAAAAUAAGAGUGUAUAGGAAUGAUUAUAGGGGUGUUUUUGCCAUUUUUUAAGUUGUGUAUUGCAUGCUAGCUCACAGACCCAUGCUGCCAUGUGUUGUCCUAUGUUAAGGUUAUGCUCAGCUCAUUUCAAAGUGCUGGUGCCUUAAUGCACUGUGGUAGUUGAAGUGAGAUUUGGAGAGUGAAGUGACCAAAUGGCCGUGAACAUUUCAGUCAGCGCUUACAGUACACCCGCUGUCUUGCGUGCAAUUCUUUUCAGCUGCUAGCUAUGUAUUUUGAACUGCACAAAAGCAUUUUGGUUUCUGGGUUUUAAUAUCGGUUGUUGUUUUAACCAUUGCUCUGUGUACCACCAAGUAAAGGACUGUUGGCAGGGGUACGGUAUCCAUUUUAGGACAACUUCCAUGGACAGGUGAUGCUGUCCAAACAUGGACACCAUAACAGCCUAGAGUCUGACACAUUUCAAUAGUAUGGUUAGUUGAAGGAUCAUACUUAAGGCCCAGUUGCCCAGACACGGACAUAAGUCCUGGACUAAAAGCACUUAAUAUGGAUAUUCUCCUUUCAGCAUGUUUUUCUGCCCAGGACUAUGCUAAAUCUGGGUCCAGGAAACCAGCCCUCUAUGUACUACAGUAUAACUACCGUUGGUAAAGUCUUAAAGGGAUAGUGCUACAUUUUGGCAAUCAAGCCCUUUUUCUACUUACCCAGAGGCACAUGAUCUCAUGGAUACCACUUUUAUGUCUCUGCUAGCUGUACCUAUAGACUUCCAGUCAUUGCGCUAACGCUUGUUAGCAAUGCCUCACCGAACUACCUUCAACUUCCUUCAAACUGCACCAUGAGGCAUUACACGUCACAUUUUCUUUGUUAGAUGUAAAGUAUAAUUACAAAUAUUUAAACUUGAUCAUUUUAAUUUCAAAAGAAUUAGAAAUAUCAUAUAGCAAUAGAAAUGUCUGCUGUAGAAGGUAUUCCUUUGUUGCUAAGGCGAUAGCAAGGCGAUAGCGUUACAUGUUUCGUUAUAAAUAUGUAAAACAGCAUAUAUAUACCAAAAUAAAUGUGUAUGUUAUCAGUGGA